UCCCCAAGCACUUUUAUAUUCACCAUACAAACUGUUCAUUUGGAUUGGACCACAGGAUCUUCCACCCCCCCUCCUUCAUGUUCUUGCUUCUCUCUCUAAAAAGCAGCGACUCAUUCAUUUCUUUCCCUCAAGCCUGCAGGAUUCUAAACUCCCAAGUCUCAGAACUCUCUUUUCGCUUUCUCCCUCACACAAAGUUUCAGCUUAUGGAAGCUCUGAAAUCGCGGAGGAGGUCUUGUGUAGAGCUUGAUUGUGUGGAGAAAAAUUGAAGUGAAGCCUCCUUAAAAAACGCGGCGACCCUCUUAUUUUGGAUGAAAUAUGAGCAUGUGGCUAUCAGGAGUCCCCUUCCUUCUCCUUUAUUCCACUUUGUUAUUAUAUUAUAGUAAUAAGAAGCAACAUCAAAUAAUAUUAGCGUCCUCCUGCUCUAUUAUUUACAUCUGAUGAUUCCAUGAAUGAUGAACUCUCCAAAUCUUCGUUAUUCUUCUUUCUUAUUGAGGAGUCUAUGGCAGAUUGCCUUCUUGAACUCGCUCAUCUCAUAGCUUUGUUCAUGGGUGUUCCUGAUUGGUAUUGAAUUGAUCAUAGUGUUUUUCACAUUCAUCACGUAUUGGUUUAUUCUCCCUUUAUGUUCUUCUGGGCCUAAAGUUUAUUCUGCCUGAAUAUACUGUCCUUGGGGAGUACUAAAAUCUCAAGUAAAUUAUAUCCACCUGGCAUAUGAUGUAAACAAUGAUAUUAAGGUGUAUAAAUUUAACAUUAAUUUGAUGAAAUCAAUCCGCGUCGUCUUUCUGUAGAAGCUCUUUGGUAAGAGAUUCCAACCUCGGAAUAUUUUGGAUAAUCGCUUGAGCUGCCAUCGUGAUUGAGUAUAUCUCUAGAAUAAUUAAAAAAGAAAUAAAUGGUUAUAUUACACGUAGAGUUGGGGAUAGUUUCUGGGUUUACGUUGAAAUAUAAGAAAUUAAUUUGAAAACUGACAAUGUUCAUGGUUAGGGAUGAUGCUUACCAUUGCUGCUGUUUCCAUUUCCAUCUUUAUGAGUACACUGAAGUUUUGUCCUCUGCACUGAUAUGGUUGAUUUCCGUACGAGCUUUUGAAUUUUAAUACUUCAUGUCAAUAUUUUGCAGAUUUAAAUUGAAUAAACAAUAGAUGGAUGAUUAUUCUGGUAAACGAGCCGUAGAUGGGGUGGUAGUACCUAAAAAGGGGAUGGCUCAUGUGCUUAGAGAUAGUGCUAAUGCUAGGGACCGUAAUGGUCAGUUUUGCAGCCGACCUGGUUGCAGCAGCAGAGUGAAUUCUUCUAAGGGUGCUCAAAUUGGUUCAUCUGAAAAAGGUAAAUCUUCAAGGCCAUCAAUCCGACCUUCGAGUCGCAAGGAGGCAAUUGGAAGUUCUUCUAGAGCAUUACCAGGAUCUUGCAACCUGGGAAAGUCCCUUACAGAGCCCCAGAAAACAUUUUCUUCUCAGUCAGAGACUGUCCCAUGUGAAACGAGUAGUUUACAGGAUGGACCAGAAAUUUCCGAGAUCAUCUCACCACCUGAAAAAAUUCGCAGAGGGCCUCAAGCUGAAGUGGCAAGUUCAGAGUCCACUAAUGUCGUAUCAAUGGAAGUAGGAAGCUCUAAUGUAGCAUCAAACACAACAAAUAGGAGGAAUCUUCGUCAAAAGCCUGGACUUAGUAGUCAAGAAUUCAAAAGCUCUGGCUCAGCAACGCGCACUGGAGUCAGUAGGUAUGGAUUGAGGAACCUCAGAUGCAAUUCUAUAUCUGAUGUCAUCCCUUCAGGUUGUUCAUCAUCAGAUUCAACCCCGCAUAGGAGGAGAGAUGUGAUGAAAAAGAGAAAUUGUGAAGGAGAAAGUAGUUCUGCUGCUAGAGGUAAGAAGAUGAGUGGAUCUUCAUUGGAAGGACAAAGUUCUGGCUCCAGAAAUGGUAUAUCUAUAUCUGAUUCAAGAAGAUCAAGAAACUUUCCUCCUCACAGGGAUAACAGCAACGUUGCAUUAGUUAGAACUAGGAGAUCAUUCAGUGGUCAUGCUAGGGGAAGGCUUUCUAGCCAAGCAAAUGAAAACCCUGCGCUACCCAAUCAAUCUCCUAUCACUAUAUCAUCUUUGCCUCAUUCCAGUGACCUUAAUGCUCCUGAUUUAUUACAUCAUACCUCGUUGGACACUCCCCUCAGAAGUCCAAGAUCUUAUAAUAGACCAAGUAGUAGCAGUGAGCGGUUAUUUGGUGUUUUGCCCUCAUCUCCUUCAGAAUAUGGGAUAACAAAUUCUCUCAUAAACCGGGACAGCUUUCGGCGCUACAACAUGGAUGGUAUUGCAGAGGUAUUAUUGGCCCUGGAGAGGAUUGAACAAGAUGAAGAUCUUACGCAUGAGCAAAUUCUUUUACUGGAGACCAACUUGUUCCUUAAUGGACUAAACUUCUAUGAUCAACAUAGAGACAUGCGAUUGGAUAUUGAUAACAUGUCAUACGAGGAACUAUUGGCUUUGGAAGAGAGGAUGGGUUCUGUAAGCACAGCUCUAACGGAGGAAGCACUCUCAGAGUGCCUAAAGAGAGCUUUCUAUGAACUUGCCCCUUCAGAUGAUGCAGCCGAGAGCUGCGUUGCGGAUAGGGAUGACACCAAAUGCAGCAUCUGCCAGGAGGAAUAUGUGGAAGCAGAGGAAGUGGGAAGUCUGCAAUGCGAGCAUAGAUAUCAUGUGGGGUGCAUACAGCAAUGGCUGCGCCUGAAGAAUUGGUGUCCUAUUUGCAAAGCGUCUGCGGCACCAUCACAUUCAUUUUCUUCAAGUUCAACGCCUUGAAUGAAUUCAUUCCAUUGUUUCAUAUUUCCUUCUCCUUUCUGUACAAAAUGAUUUUACUUCUUAUCUCUUCUUUUUGGUCACGUCUUACGUGUAAAUAGCCAAUACCUUCUGUCCCCGUUAUUCAUCAAGUAAUAAAACAAGCCUCCGGGCUUCAGACUC